AUGAAGAAGGACCUUUCUGAGAACAGAAGUGGCGCUAACGGAGAGACCUGUCGAUUUACCCAUCCUCUCCACUCCACACCUUCGACGAAGAUCACUUCGGUGCAAGCUUUUACCUCUGACGAAGACACUUCGCCGACAAAGAAUCACUCCUCCGACGAAAGAUCUGAGGGCUCCAAAAUCCAGGGGCGCAUUCUUGACAGGGAUGUCAAAUGGCGAACUGGGGUGGAGAUUAUACCUGUUCCUUGCCGUAGUACAGACAACUUCAAUUUAAGUACAAUUUCCCUUGACCGAGGAUUCAAUCAGGCAAAGAAACGCGGUCUUAAAGUUCAUGGAAUCAUAAUUUCAACCCCUUCAAAGCCUAUGGGCAGUCUUCUCAAUCGGGAGGCACUUGACAACCUUUUGGACUUCGCAACAGAAAAGAACAUUCACAUAAUCUCCAACGAAAUACUAGCAGGAUCCAAUCAUGGAAGUGAGGAGUUUGUGAGCAGAAUUAAUGUAAAUGAAGAUGCAAAAAUACUAACAUAUUGGUUCUUAAUAUAUGUAUUUCAUCUCAAUUUUGGUUCCCAAAGUAUUGAUAUUGUUAAUUUAGUUCUUGAAGUGUUUGAUUUGUACUUAGAUGGUUCAGUAGAUGACGUCCCCGUCCCCCAAAACUGUGACCUUUGA